CGUGACUCAUAGGGAGAGGACAAGUUGCUCCACAACACUUCUCCUUUUUCUGCUUCAUACAGCAGCCAUUGCAUUGUCUUUUUCUUUUCUCCUCCUCCUCUUCAGUUUUGUUUUUGUCGCUGUGAGAACGAAGUGUGGGGCUGGCCAUUGGUCCGCACCUUCAGACAGCUUUGUCCCCCCAUCUGAAUGCACCUUGGAUUAACCCCCGUUUCCACUCUUGUUGUCUGUUUUUCUCUUGAUUUUCAUUGGUUACUGAGAUCGACACUUGUUCGGUUGCUAUCAUGGACCUUGUCACCCGAAUCCUGUUUCUUUGAGGUGUAGAUGCUCCAGGCGCAGCGGGACCCAGCCUCCGUGUCAGAGAGGGACGAGGCUGCUCCCACCUGGGCCACAGCACUCCUCUGAAACUCGGCUCGAGGUCUCUCUCUCUCUUGGAGCGCCACAACCGACCUAGAUCAGAGAAACGGGAGGACAAGAGGGGAAGCCAUUUUGCGAGGUGGAAGCUGACAAGGAGCCCGAAGUAGUCAUAGCCAGGAUAUUUUAAGGCGGCUCCUUGCCCUCUGAACUCUGCGGCCAUGACGACUGCAGUGCAGCCCACUGAACUGGUGUUCGAAUUUGCCAGCAACGGGAUGGACGAAAUCAACCAGGUGUGCAGUUAUUUCAUCCCCACACCCGCUACUGAAUCCUGUGGAGCAGGCUUGAUUCUGGACGACCCGUCAGUAUUCCCAGCAGUGAUCGUUGAGCAGGUGCCUGCAGCCGAUCUGCUGCAGGUCUACUCCGGCCUGGAGUCGGACGAGGUGACGAACGGCAUCAUGGUGGACACGACUCUGCACGUCGUGGAGGAGCCAUCCAUCCUGGUGGGAGGGGUGGACCUCUCAGAAACGACAGUCUCGGGCGCUGAGGACAACAUGGAGACCAACGAAGCAGCAGAAGCUCUUCUGAACAUGGAGUCUCCAAACAACAUUCUGGACGAGAAGCGCAUGAUUCACAGCUACGGCACUCUGCUGGAGUCAGACUUGACGUACGCCCCUCUGAGGCCUGACCAGAUGGAUAAUGGUGCCCUUGACAUGUCGCUAGAUGAGGACACUUCAUCCAUGGAUGAGAUACCCCAAAAGUGUCCCUUAAAGCCGCAGAAAAAAACCAAAGUGCGGAAGCCGCGGGCGGUGCGUCCCUGCUCCCCUAUCACCACCCCUAACCUGCCACUCAGGAAGAAGAGCAAAGAGGGCAAAGGCAACACGAUCUACCUGUGGGAGUUCCUCCUGGCUUUACUGCAGGAUAAAAACACCUGUCCCAAAUACAUCAAGUGGACGCAGCGCGAGAAAGGCAUCUUUAAGCUGGUGGACUCGAAGGCCGUUUCGAAGCUGUGGGGCAAACACAAGAACAAGCCUGACAUGAACUAUGAGACCAUGGGAAGAGCUCUCAGGUACUACUAUCAGAGAGGCAUCCUGGCUAAAGUGGAGGGGCAGCGGCUUGUUUAUCAGUUUAAAGAGAUGCCGGCAGAUCUGGUGGUGAUCGAGGACGAAGACGCAGGCUCUGAUGGCAACGGCGGCUACGGGAAUCAGAGAUCUACCAACGGGCGGUCAAUGGUCCGUGGAGGGUCCAAAGGGCACGGGAGGGCUCACGGUCAACACCAAGUCUCAGUGAAGCAGAUGAAAAAGGAACCUAAUGACGAAUUCCUGUACAGCGACGACCACGAAGGACAGACGGAGCUCCUUCAGUCCGUCCAUAUGUUGCAGGCCAGCCAAGAACAGGCACAAGCUAUGAGGACCAUCACUGCUCCUGCGUCAGUUCCCAUGGUCCUGACGUCUUCUGGCUCCCUUCAGUCCGUUCCUCUCACCACUGUCCUGGCCAACGGGGACUCCAGCCACUGCUCCCCUCCUCGGGUUAUCCUCCACACCGUGCCCUCAACCACAGCAGGUGGUAAAGAUGUGCUCACCAUCCAGACGGCCUCUUUAGCAGGUGGAGCCAGCAGCCUGCAGGACGGCCUCCCGCAGCAGCUCCUGGUCACCAGUCUGGGCUCCCCCACCGUCUCCACCUCCUCCUCCUGCACUUCACCUCCAGGAGUCAUUAGUUCCACAGCUUCCAACCUCAAUGGUCUCCCACGUCUGGUCACCAUCAACACAACCUGCGGGCAGACCAUGGUGGCACAGCAGCCCGGCACCGUAAUUGCCACCGUGCUCAAAUCCAGCGACCUGUCGGGGCUGCAGGUCAAAGAGGAGCUGCUGGAUCCCAGCUACUUCCAGUCUAUGGUGAACGGUGAUCCAUCACUGGCGGCAAAUACGUUUGCGAAAGAAGAGAUCGAGGUAGGGGAGGCAGAGCUGCAGUAUAGGACUGUGAUCAUUGAUACCAGUCAAAGCCAGGGCCAGGAGGCUGUGAGUGAAACUAUAAUUAAUGGACAUCCCUCUCAGAGCAGCAGCCCCAGUGAGGGCCUGACCCCUGUGGAGGAGCUGGAAGUGCGUGGGGAGAUGUCCCUGCAGCCUGAGCAGGGAAUAAAAGGCCUGCAGGAGCUGCCGCUGUCUGUCCAAUUGCCUGCAAACUUUAUCCAGAUAAAGACAGAACCUGCAGAGGCUUAGUGCUGCAGGACUCCUCCACACAAUCUGAACCAAAAAAGAAAAAAAAAACAAACAAACACCAUUGAAUCCAUUUUGUUUCUUUUUCCUACCACAGCGAUCCGUCAGGGAUCAGAGUGAGGGAUCUUGCACCGAGUUGCUCUUAAAGGUUGGUCAGUUCAACCUCAGGAUUUAUUGUUUACUCACAGAUUUUGUGACCACGUGCCUAAUUUUAAAAAUUCAAGGGAGUGUUUAGUUUUUCUAAGAAGACUCAGAUUUUGGGAUCUUUUUUUCCCCGCAGACAUUAACCCCCGACACACACAGGAAACCACACACACACACACACACACAGAUGAAACAAGCUCCCCCCUCUAGGAGAACAGCCAUUGGAUGAACCAGGGAUCCCUGUCUACCAAAUGUGCCAGUUAGUCAUUUUUCUUACCUUCCAUCUCACUGGACUGUGUUUAAAGAGGCAAAUGCAACAAAACCAAAACUGGGGGACUCGGAUGCCAAAUGGUGCAAUGAAAUCAGACCUCUGAGAGCCCGCAGAGCGCGCGUGUCUUCUUCUGAAGCACACACACACGUUUCUGUUCCCGCGGACGAGGGAUGGGCGCCGUGUCGCAGCGUCCAGGUGAAGAAAAAGAAAAAAAAAACACACACCUCAGAGUUAAAUUGAAGAGUGCCUUACAGGAAGUUCAAACAGCUCGAGACUCCUUCUAUGAAACGUCUGGGAAAAAGAUGAAAAACGGACUAAAUGACUUUUUGCAGACUUUCAGACAUCUAAGAACUUAUUACUCAUUUAUUUUCAUAUAAACAAAACAAGACAAAAAAGUUAUGCAUUCACUCUCUAUUACUCCCGGCCUUAAAAACACUGUGUUACUAUGGAAAUGGGCAUUUUUUAUUUUUUUUGUCCACCAAGGACGCACCAACAUCAAAACUGUUUGUAUAGAGCUGCAGACCGGAGGCACGGCGAGAUAGGGAGGCUCAGACGGAGAGAAAGAAUACGCAGGAUAAAAACAGAUUCUAUCAGCUUCUGCUUCAGAGGCUCCGGGGUUUAAAUCCUGUUUAUAUGAAAUGGAAUUAUAUAUAUAUACAUAUAAUAUACAAUUGAGAUUCAAUUUUAAGGCCAUAGCGAAUUUAUUUAUUUUGUGAAUUUCUAAAUUCUGUAUAAAAAAAAGGCACAUUUGUCUUCUAUUUACAUGUGUAAACAUGAGGGAAAAUACAAAGAUUAUGGACGUUAAUACCAGGAAGCUUUCUCUCUCUCUCUCUCUCUUUUUUUUUUUUUUUACAAACCAACGCUUUUCAUUUGUAUAUCCUUCCAUAUAAUCAGCUUUGGUAAUUCCUUCCUUGAGUUUUGGACUCGAGCAGCAUCAUUACUCCACUGUUAUAUUCUCUUACUGUAGAUAGGCGCUGUCGUGUGUCUGAUUUAAACAUGUACUGAAUGUGCUUUAGUUCCUUUUUUCGGCAGACAUACCUCUUUACCUUUUGUUCAACAGUUAAGCAGCCGGGACGCCGCGUUCCAAAAUAUUACGGUCUGUGUUCUGCAUAAAGUGUCAGAUGCAUCAAUCAGUAUGUCUUUGAAAUCAUAUCUCAAGUUUUCUUUAGUUGUUGGGUACGCGGACGUACCUGUGCUGUUUUCGAUGCUCCUCUCCUCCGUCUCCAUCUUUUCCUCUCACCAUGUCGCCUCCUUCCUCCUCCUCCUCCUCCUCCUCCUCCUCUCGGGUCAGUCCAGUCUGUGCCUUCUUUAUUGUCUGUCCCACUUUGUUAAGGACCUCUCAGGCCAGCCGUGCGAUUGGCCCCCUCGCUCCUGCCUGGGAUGAAGCCAUAUUGAUCCUGAGUGGUCUCACAGCUAAAUUGGUUGUAUUUUCCACCCGGACUGAGGCUGCAGAGUGAGGACAGUCAGACACACUGACCUCCAUCCACACCGGCACCUGAGGACAGGAGUGAAAUGCUGCUUUACAACCCCUACAUCAGCCAAAGGGCCCUGGGUCUGCAAAGACACUCUGAAUGUAUGCUUUCUGUUCAUGCAAAGUUUCGACAAUCAGUAAUUACACUGGGUUACAUUUGCGUCAGAAUUAGUCGGUCUUUGAGGGGGGAUUUGCUGCUUUUUCCCUUUUUUUUGUUGUUGUUGCGUUGUAUAUAUUCCCGUAUCUGCGCUGCGUUUCUCCUUAAAGCACUGUUGUCUGCGAGAUGUUGAGGUAUGUCCACUGCUCAUGUUUUGUUGCUCCUCUUAUCUUUGGGUUGUAAAUUGCCUUCUUUAUGCUGAAUAUAGAAUAGAUUUUUAAGAAAAAAAGUCAAUGUACUAAUUAAAAAAAGAAAAUUGUCUUCACUGAA